UUCCAAUGAACAUGAAUAUAAUGCUGAGCAACAUCACCACUCGGCUCACUGUGCUAGAGUCUGCUUUAGCCACAGGACCCUCUGCUACCAAGAAUCGCUAUCCAGUCCUGAUGCAAUCAGCAGGGACAGCCAGCUCCCAUACUGACAGAGCGCUUGCUUCAACACCUUUAGGUGGAGUUCCCUGUCUGCCACACUCACCUGCCAUGGCGUCUGAUGUGCCCUGGGAUCUGCCACCAGCCUACACCCCACAAUCCACAGAUGGGCAUGUUUCUGUUUCACAGAGCAAGGGGAUGACCCGUACUUCACUACCAACACCACAGCUGGUUUCCCAAAAUCAAGACGUUCUCUUUUUCUUGCCCCAUGGGGUGCAGAUAUUCUUUCUUGCACCAGAUGGGCAAGUCAGUGUACCAUCAUAUCCAGGGUACCUGCGCAUCACCCUGAACAGCAGCCAGCAUUAUGAUAGUGAUGAUACCAAAGACAACACACAUCGUCUAGCUUACCUGCAGGUGUGUGAUUGGUACUACCCUCUGUUUCCAGACCUGCCAGUCCUGCUUAGCGACUCCGGUGUGUUCACAUUCCCUGAUACCAUGGCAGCAGAGCCUGGGUCCUAUGUUGGGGUUGUGUUGUCCUCAGAGCUGCCUGCAGUGGAAAGAACUCUUUUUCAAGAGCACCUGUCUUUAUUUACACAGCUCAGAGUUCAGUCUGCAGAGGAUAAUGGCACAGAUGAAGUUACAGGCAGAAACAUUAACCUGAAUACAAAGACUCUCAUCAAUCCUUCAGAGGACAUAGCUUUGGGAAAGGAGGAGAAGAUUUUACCUGGAUGGAGUGAGAUGUCACAGUGCAUCACAUCAGGGUCUUCAUUGCUCAGUUGGGGCCUUGUGAAGGGAGGAGAGGCCACAGGUAAAGCUAUCCAAAAUGGAGCAGUCAAGCUACGCAAACACAUCACACCAGAUGAGACGCCAGCUAGGGUCAGUCCCAGAGUCACCACAGGCCUGCGAGUAGCCCAGCAGGCUACAGGGGGAGCUGUCAAAGUCAGCCGGUUUCUGGUUAAUGGCCUUUCAACUGUGGUUGGAUUUGUUGGGAAGGAAAUAACACCACAUGUCAAGAAGCAUGGCAGCAAACUGAUCCCAGAAUCCUUAAGAAGUAAUAACAAUGCCUGCACCAAAAUGAGUGGAGCAAAAAUGGUGGCUAUUAGUAGUGUAAAAGGUCUCUCAACCAUGUGGUCAGGUCUGGAGACAGCAGCAAAGACAAUUGGUAAAAGUGCAAGCUCUGAGAUGGUCCUGACUGUCAAGCACAAAUAUGGCAAACAAGCCAGCCAGGCUGCAGACUCUGCUAUCCUGUCAGUAACCAACGUAGGAGUCACAGCCUUCAACAUGGACAAUCUAGGCACCAAGGCUGUACUGAAGUGUGCAAGCAAGUAAAUGUAAAAAGCCUCAACUGCAGAAGAUCAAACCAUGAAUGCAGAGACCAGAGCUAAGGGAAAGAUGUGUGAGGGAAAAAAUAAAGCUUAUGCUCCCUGUCCAUCUGGAAGCAUUCAAGCAAAGUUAAAACAAUAUAUUUGUAUCACGUAUACAGAUGAAUUUAGUACUCUGCUUAAAAUUACUCCUGUUACUUUAAAAAUGCCUCCUUUGUAACUUUUUUUUGGUAAAUCUUAGUACCGUCAUUGAAUGUUGAAUGAAGUUUAAAAAGAUCAUAUAAAAUUGUAUUUCUUCUCUCUA